CCCGACGUCGGCUAUCAAACACCAUGGAGGCUUCGAUGAAGAGGCAAUGUGAAAAUGGAAUGAUUUUCACUUGUCAUUUAUUCAGUAAUGUAACUGCAGUUUAUGAAUUUAACCUAUACUAUAUCGGACUGUCGUUGUGUAGAAUAUAAAUAUAUUUUUGAGAGAGAAUCAACGGGGAUGCCUGGCGCAGCCAACGGACCGUUAUGAUUAGAAUAUUGGGCAUGGAUUGGAUUGCUGUGUUCUAUCCUAUUUGCCUUGUUCCUUAUCAUUCAGUUAUCAUGCUGGACCUGACUAGGCAUCGUCAAAAUUGUGAAUUUGCAGUGCUUGCCACAAGGAAAUGUGACUAUCAGCAUUUUAGUUUUUGAGAAAAUGUGAAAGGUAACAGUGGAAUGAUCAUGAGCGACUGUCGACAAACACCUCUUCAGCAACAUUAUAUUGUAUAUGUUUCUUAAGAUAAUAGUAUUUUUGCUAUGCUCUAUUGCGCAGGCGUGCUCGCCGGGACGCUGUCACUGCACUUCACUACAUUCUUGCGUGAUGUAGCCAAUAGGAAUGUGAAGAAAACUGAGCAAUAAAAUGCAUCGACAAAAUGGUCUUGCUUCGCCGAAAGGAUUUAUUAGUGAUCCUUAAAAUACAUUGUGCCAACGAAGAAUGUCAGGGACAUCAAAUGCAGAAUCUUCCGAAGGAGUAGUCUCCAAAGUGAAAGUAAAAAAGCAGAUCAAGACAAUCAUGAAGGAUUUGGAGACCAUCCUGGGAGACUUGAGGGAUGUGGCCAAGGAACUCAAAGAGGUUGUGCAUGAGAUCGACUCCCUCACGUGUGACCUACAGCUGGAGGAGGAGAUGACAGACAGUUCCAAGACAGACACCCUGAACAGCAGCUGUAGCAGCAGCACCACCACCACCACAGCCUCCAGCACUGACAAGAUCAAGAUCUACCCUGACGACGCUAUCUUUAGGCCCCCGUCUGUCAGCCCUGCUGUCCUGACUGUGCUGAAGAAGCCCCACCCUCCUCUGCCGCCUCCCAGGCUGACAUCUAUCAAAGCGGAGGAGAACAACAAGAAUCCUCCAUCAGGGAACCUACUAGCCAAGGCUAACGGGACUCUUAUGCGCAAUGAAGUUUUCACAGGGAAGCCAAACAGAGACUUAUUGUACUGCAUCUCAAAUAGUAUUCCAGAGAAAGGACGUACGCGCAUGCCUUUGCUACGGCACGAAGAGAGCAAAUGCCACCAGGCCACCAGGGAGCGGGUCCGAUUCAGUGAAAAGGUCCAGUAUCACGGGUACUGCCCUGACUGUGACCUGCAAUAUGACGUCAAUAACACAGAUAUACACUUACAGACAGAAUUGACUGAUGAAAUGAGCCCUGUCCAUCAGUGCUCCUCCUCCUCACCACCACCCCAGCUCCUGUUGGAAAAUGGCAGCCUCAGCGUCAGCCAUAGUUUCCCUCCUGCAAACUCGCCUUGUGUGCCUCAUCCUAACCCUACCUUGAAACCACAGAAAACCAUCCUCCGAAAAUCAACCACCACAACGAUUUCUACUCCAGUCAAACGUGGAUUAUCUAAACAAUGAGAAAAAAGAGAGACAGAUAAUGCACAAGGAGAGAAUGAAUGGUCCUUCUGGGUAAGAGUGGAAACAGCCUUCACUGACAUUAAGCUGAUCAACUACAGUUCAUCAUACAGUCACUGAGAACGAUGCCCCCUACCUCUGACAGAACAUCCCCCAGAACCCCCGAGCCAUGGCCAAAUAAUUCAUCCUCACAGAGAGAGAACAUUGGAAGUCCUCAAGUCAUAGUCUUACUCACGGAGAAGUAUGGCAGAAGUUCAAAUGUAAUGGAAAAAUAAGAUGAAAACGUGUCCAAGUGGGACUGGUUCAUUUACAACUGAAAUUAAGAUUUUCUGUUUAGUCAUAGGUUAAACUGAUGUCCCCAGCAUUCGGAGAACUCUUCCAGGUGGAAGUCUACUCAUAACAGUCUCAACUCCUGUUGAGAGGGCAAGAGAGAGAGCGUGCGUGAGAGAGAAAAAACCAUGGCCAAUAUUUUAAAGCCAUAAUUUGAACAAGAAAAGACCCACUCAGUUACAGUUUUUAGCUCUGUGAAUUGUGCUAUAUUUGCCUUGAAGAUAACAUAUUUGACAUAAACAUCCAGUGAAAUCUGGUAAUCUGCAGUGACUGCUCUGAAGAUAGAAGCCGCAACAUGGUCCUCUAACGUCUAUACUGUAGUAGGGUGUGAAAAACAUAAAUGUGUCCUUUUGCAAAUCCAACAUACAAUAUGAGGCAAGUUGAAUGGCUCAGAAAUUGUAAUGGAGGCUGGUCACUCAUUUGUGUUCAGAAUAUGUUGUGCAUAUUGAAAUCUAUGUAUGUUCAAUGUCAUGCAAGUUACUUGCAAAGAUAUGGCAUACAGCUUUAAACAACUCUCAAAGACAGAAUCAUUUGCAUCAAAUUGUAUUUGUAUAUAUUUAGAGUAAUUUUCUACAGAGAUUUUAACAUAAAAAAAUCUAAUAUUUUUGAUAUUCCAUGGGAUGAGAGUAGUAUUUUGAAGAAGACUGUCACACUUUUGAAAUACAUUUAUCUCUGCAGGGCAUAUGUGGAUAUUCUAUUUCUAUAGUGAGAGAGUAUUUAUAUAGAUUUAAAAAAAACAUGUAAUCGUUAUGUUACAGGGGUGUAAAAAAAUGCUUAGCACAUGAAAGCAAACUAGAUUAAACCAAAUACAGUACAUUGUUGUGCUCAUCAGAGGAGGCAUGAUGCUGAAUGAAUGCACGACUGAUUCUUCUUCCACCUCAUCCUGUCAUCACUGUGGUCUCCUAUGCAUUUACUGGAGAGGCUGUUGAGACAUGCUGCCCCUUCCACAAACUGGAGUGCACCUCACUUUUGCCCACCCUUAGCUGAUGUGGACUUUGUGACUGUGUGUCCUUGUCUCUCUGGACCACUAAUGACUUUGCUUUGAAGAGGAUGGAACGUAACAAAACAAACUUUGUCAAUGACGUGUCGGGAAAACAAUGUACAUGUCCACAUCUUUAUAAAUAAUUUGCACUUUGCACUUAUGUUAGUCUUUAUACUUUGUGGACUUUUCCCUUUAAUAUGUGAAUUACAGGAUAAUUUCAAGUA